AUGGCGAACAAUAAUGUCGUUUCUCUGCUGGUUUGCUUCGUCGCCUUGAGCCUCGCCACCUCGGCGGCGGACCGCGAGCUGGUAAACGCUGUGUACGUGUUCGGCGACUCGCUGGUGGACGUCGGAAACAACAACUACCUGCCGGCGCCGGCGCCCAAGGCGACCCCGCCGUACGGUAUGGACCUCCCCGGCAGGCUCACCGGCCGCUUCACCAAUGGCUACAACCUCGCCGACGUCAUCUCACAACGCCUGGGGUUCGAGACGAGUCCCAAGCCCUUCCUCUCCAUGGGGCGGUCCGAAAGAACACUACUGGGACGCUGCAAGAUCGGCGCCAACUUCGCUUCUGGCGGAUCCGGCAUCCUCGACACCACGGGAAAUGGCACACUGACGAUGCGGACCCAAAUCAAGUAUUUCAAGAGAGUGGCGGACAAACUGUUUUGCUACCCAAGUAAGUGGGAUCGCCUGGCGCGGUCCUUCUUCCUCCUGAGCGGCGGCGGCAAUGACUUCUGGGCCUUCAACGCGUCCAUCGACACCCCCAAUGCCUACAUCGCCAGAAUGGUCUCCACCUACAUCGAGAAAUCCAGGUAUAUAUAUAUGUUGUAUGACGCGGGAUUGCGCAUGGUGGGUAUUCUGGACGUGCCGCUGAUCGGGUGCACUCCCGGGUCUAGGGCCGGCACGCCCACCAGCGAAUGCAACUCUGCCGCCAACUCCCUAGCACAGGGGUUCAACAGCCUUCUGAGGACUGAGCUCACUAGCGCCGCCACGGCCAACAUGACGGAGCUCAAGUACUCCAUCGCGAGCAACUACAAUAUCAUCAGCGACAUGAUAGCCAACUCCCUCGUUGCCGGGCUGAGAGAGGUGCAGACGGCAUGCUGCGGCGCCGGGAGGUUCAAGGCAGAGGUGAUGUGCAGCGGGCCGAACACGACGGCGUGCCCCACCGGGGAGCACGGCGAGUACAUGUUCUGGGACAUGCUGCACCCCACGCAGGCCACCUGCGAGCGUGGCGCUGUGGCCAUCUUCUACGGCGACGUUCCAAAGUACGCCGAGCCCGUGAACUUCGCCACGCUGGUGGGCGAGGAAGGCUGCAGCCUGCAGAUGGCCGACGACGAGUAA